UCCUUUAGUGACAGUUUGACGCCAGCGGAGGAGACGCUUCACAGGAGCAGACGCACAAAGGAAGAGGUCGGAACUGCAGCUAUGGGAAUCAAACUGUACUACACCACUGUUACUGCCUCACGGACGAUCAAGUCUCAACAGCAGGAGGUGAUGCGAAUCCUCGAGAGUAAAAGCAUCCAGUACGAGCUCAUCGACAUCUCCGUGGGCUGCGAGCUGCGUGACGAAAUGAGAAACAAAGCAGGAAACCCCACGGCUGUCCCUCCUCAGCUUUUCAAUGAAGACCAGUACUGUGGGAACUAUGAAAUGUUUUCGGAGGCGGUGGAGGAGGAUGCAGUGGAACAGUUCCUGAAGCUGGCGUGAGGAGGGCCGAAUGUGCUUUCACCAUCUUAAUCCCAAACCCCACACCCACGGCCCACUCUCAGCCCCUCAAACACCCCCCCCACCCCCAAUCUCUUUAUCCAGUCUCUAUCAACACCACUGGCAGUGUCCACUCACUUUCAAUGCCAUAAUGAAGAAUGCCAAAAAUCUCAGAAGACACACAUUCCCCCAACUGCACCAUUAGAGUCCAGAUCAGUCUUAAACUCUUUGAUUUUUUUUUUUUUUUUUAAAUGUUAUAUUAUAUUCUGUUUUUCAUUAGAUUCCUUCCUGUCUGACAGACUAGUGUUACUUCUUAGUCCACUUGGCAUCAAUGGGGUGCCUACAUGAGCGGUAAUUAGGUCGACUAAUCUUGGCCGCAGCUACAUGAGCGCUGGAGAUUAAACUAAUCCACUGGAUGACAACAUUCAACCCAGAAUCUUCCUGAUCCCCUUUCCUGACUAAAACGCACCGUCAUCACUCAGUCUUAACCACGUUGUUGUCUUUUCCCGUAGCCUUCACGUUCCCAUGACGGCACACGCUCAGUACUUCACAGGGAUGCAAAUGCACACAGAAGUAGCAAAGACUUUAAUAUCCUUAAACCCAAGUUCAUUAUGAGUUUCAGCAGCUGGAAGAUGCCUCCUUGGCACCCACAGCUUUUUGGUGUUUUGAUCCAUUAUUUACCUGGUUGAGGAUGUGAUGAGACGGUUCCAGACCAGAAUCGGAACCCACUGUGGUCGAAAGUAGUCCCACACUGAUCUGAUCCUGAUCCUGAAAUAGGAUUUAAACUAGUUCAGAUAGUUUUUCAGCCUCCGCUUAUUUACAACUUAUGUAAAGCUUUGAUUAAAAAACUGACAAAAAAUGUUUAGACCGCUGCUUUUUGGCAGAUUUAAAGACUGAUCCCAGUUUUCUUGACCAAAAGCCAAUGGGAUUUUUCCAGUGGGGUUUGGAUACUUGCAGAAAAUAAGCUCUGUGGCAAACGCAAGUGUAUUGUACUUGAAAGUUUGUUUCAGCAAGAUAACCCUCAACACUGGAAACUGCAGCUGCUAUCACGGACAGGUUAAUGCUAAUGUUUGGCUGUAAAGUAAUUAAAUUUCAUUUCACAUUGUUAAUCUAAGAACUUCCCUCUUCCCUUGUGACCAUUCUUGCUGGUUAAAGAAGCAUUUGCAGAAGUGCAACACGAGGCUGUAACAGUCGACUGCAGCCAUUUCAAAGCCCCUAAAUUGGGUGUUUACUUAUUAUUAUUAUUAUUAUUAUUAUUAUUAUUAUUAUUAUCAAAAUCUAGAAGAAUAAAACAUGUUAUCAGAUGUCUGACCAAAAAGUCCUUACUGGGUUUGAACAUUCUUUUCUAUAGGACCCUUAAUUUUGGUGAUAUCAGCCACAGUGUUCUCCAUUUUUUAUUUUUUAGAUAUUGUUCAAGGUGCUGCAAAAUGCAAUUUUCCCAGAUGGUUUGCAUGUGACUUGACGCUGAAACAAUGCCCUCUGUGUUUUUUUCACAGCGUAUAAGUCAGCAUACGGAAACAUUUCAAUUUUGUAGGCCAAAGUUUUUUUUUUCUUUUUCACUUUAUCACGAGACUUUGAAACAACAUUUAGCUCUUUUCAAUGAACUCAACAGUUAUCUGAGAAGGUAAAUGUAGAAAAAUAUAGAAUAUUCAAGAAUUUUUUAACUUCCUUUUGUUGUUGUCUAGUUAAACCCCCACCUGGUUGCCCCUAUCAAUGCAUCCCUAGUGACUAGUCUUAGGAAACCUUGGUAACUAAUGGAUCAAACUGUUAAACUGGUUAAAAAAUAAGCAAGUGGUUGAACAUUUCAGGAAGUAGCUGCUUAACUUUAGCAUCUGGAUCUACUCAUUUCCUCACGUCACAUUUGGUGCCAAUGUGUAUCUGUAUUACGCUUUUCGUGGGUGAAUAUUCACUGUAGUAUUAGCACUUAACCUGCCAUCUUAUUUGUUUUCAAUAAUUUUACAGUUAAACUCGAAAGCUUAAGAGUAAUGGGAGCUCUGACUGGUGAGGCAAAGAAGCCAAACAUAAUGAGAUAAUAGAGUGAAGGGAGCAGAUGGGAAUGGUCUAGGUAAUCCCAUUGGUUCUCCUGCCUCAGAUUAUUUCAUGUUACAGUUUCAUAGAUUGUUCCGGGAAUGAUGAUGCAGUAAUGCGACUAUGCACUGAAACCCUGCCUGAUAGUGAACACAGACGUAAAGGUCAAAGGUGUGUUUAGAAUGACCUCACUCACUCAGUCUUAGCCUUUGGGAACAUUCAUUACAUGGGAAAAAUGAAGGCUUCACUUAUUUGUACUUUUUAUGUGUUUGCAUUUAUUCUGUUAGCUGCUUAGUUUUUUUUUUUUUUUUUUUUUUUUUUUAAGACAACAUGGUUUCCCUCGACCAACCAUUUAACCCUGCUUUCAAAGUUGUGUUGCUACGGUUUGGGAUCCCUAGCGUUGACGGCCUUCACACAAUGUUUGUGCACUGUUUUGUAAGUCAAUGGUUGUAGGUGUUUGCCUGUUAUUGUUGUAUAUUCACUAUGAAUCAUCUUUUAGACAUUCCAUGUCUCUCUCUUGAGCUCCUGAUUUGCUUUUGGACCAAUUCCCCUUGGCCAAAAAAAGAAGAAAAUAGGGAAUAAAAUGCUGUUGUCUUCCAAGAAGAUUGUGAAAAGUGAUUUAUGGGUUUAAAAAAUAAAGCAAAGUUAAAACCA